AGCCUCUCCACCACAGUCGGCCGUUUUACCCUCCGAACAGUAGCAGUCGGCCGUUCUCUCUCUCUCUCUCUCGAUUCGGAACAGUAGCAGUAGAAACGCUGACCUGAUGGCUCGUUUUCGAAAUAAGAAGAGAAAGGAUUUUGUUAAGCCGGUUGUGAAGAAGCAACAGCCGAGUGUCGAUCAUAUAACAGGCGACAAGAUUCCAAAGAGCUUCGUAUUUUCGAGAGGGAAGAUGCCUGGGUCUCUGAGACAACUGCAAAUGGACUUGAGAAAGCUGAUGCUUCCUUAUACUGCCCUCAAGCUUAAGGAAAAGAAGCGAAAUAAUCUCAAGGACUACUUGAAUGUUGCAGGGCCAAUGGGUGUUACACAUUUCCUCAUACUAUCAAAAACUGAAACUGCACCGUACUUGAGGGUUGCGAGGACGCCACAGGGCCCAACACUUACAUUCAAAGUACAUGAGUACUCAUUGGCUGUUGAUAUAGCUCAAUCCCAGUUGCGACCCAGAUGUCCUCAAGAUCUCUUCAAGAAUGCACCCUUGAUUGUGCUAUCUGGUUUUGGGACUGGGGAGCAACAUUUAAAGCUCACAACAAUUAUGUUUCAGAACAUUUUCCCAGCCAUUGAUAUCAACACUGUCAAACUUUCUUCAUGCCAGAGAAUUGUGUUACUUAAUUACAAUAAGGAGACAAAGCUUAUUGAUUUUCGGCAUUAUUCCAUUAGAUUACAGCCAGUCGGCGUCUCACGUAGGAUUAGAAAAUUUGUGCAGAACCAUCAAGUGCCCGAUUUAAGAAGGCUACAAGAUGUGAGUGACUUUGUGACAAAGUAUGUAUCUCUCUCUCUCUCUCUCUCUCUCUCACACCCACACACACACACACGCAUACAACACACAUAGGCUCA